CUUCCUUCAUUUUGAUAUCAAGCAUGAGAGAUUAUUUGGGUCAUUGAGUUCGACUUACCAAUUUGGCCUGAAACUGUACCAGCAUUAUUUGGGUGUGUUUAAGACGUUGGGUGUAAAUUUUGGGAUUUGUUUGAUAUUGUUUGCCUGCUGAACCAAAAUUUUGCUGCAAACUCGAUCAAAUAAAGUUCACAUAGCAAAUAGACCCAAAAAUUCCUGAAAAUUUACAGGGUGUUUAUACCCCAUUUCAGUAGUUCCCAAAUUAAAUUUCAGCUUAGAAUUCGUCCGUUUGUGUGGGGAACCAAAAUUUUGUGGCAGAAUCGAUUAAAAUAAGUUCACAUAGUAAAUAUACCUAAAAAUUUCUGAAAAUUUUCCAGGUGUUUAUACCCCAUAUCAGUAGUUCCCAAAUUAAAUUUCAGCUUUAAAUUCAUCCGUUUGUGUGGGGAACCAAAAUUUUGCGGCAGACCCGAUCAAAUUAAGUUCACAUAGCAAAUCAGCCCGAAAAUUCCUGAAAAUUUACAGGUUGUUUUUGCCACAUUUGAGCUAUUCUCAAAUUAAAUCUCAGCUCAAAAUUUAACCGUUUGUGUGGGGAACAAAAUUUUGCGGCAGACAAGAUUAAAUUUGGUUUACAUAGUAAACCUGUCAAGAAAAGCCUGAAAUUCUAGCAGCAAUUAGUCAGUACUGGAUUGCAUUUGCCUUCUCAAUUUCAGAUCAAAAUACACUCGUUUGCUUGGUGAUCCUAAAUUUAUGCAAUUCUUAGUGUAUUGUGUGAACUGCUGGUAAUUGUGAUAAGUUGGUGGCAAACUUGGAUAUUUAAGCUUGAUAUCUCUUCUUUAGGUUGUCUCUUUUCCAGCUUACUACUCUUUUAUUUUGGUGUCUUCUUUCUUGAUUCCUUAUUGCAUUACAUUUCCAUACUUGAGCUUUUCUUUUCUUGAUUUCUUGAGUCACAUUAUUGCUUUUUUACUCGUUUUGAUCCGUCACGUUCAAGAAUUUUAUUGUGUGUUAAAUUUUUGUGAGUACAGUCUUGGUUUGAGUUACUUGAGUUUGAUAAGAACUUGUGGACAUAGCCAAGAGAGGUAAAAGGCACAGAGUGGUGAGUUCAUAAGAGGGGAAAAGCCUUGUUGAGUUAAACACGAGUGGAGUGUCCCCUGUUGAGUGUAAACACGUAAAGGAGUGAGGGAGGUGUUUUCUUUACACUAACCAUUUUCUUGCAGGUCUGAAAACAUGUCUAGAAGGGGUGAUGGUAGUGAGGGGGAAGGUGAAAAUCCAUUCUACAUGCAGGCUAUCAGACAACAAUUUGAAAGAAUGAAUGUUGUGUGCAAUGGAAUCAUAGAUAGGUUGGAAAGAUUGGAGCAAAGAGAUAGGCAAAAUGAGAGAAGGCCAAAUAGGAGGGAUCUUGUACCUCCAGUAGUUGAAUCUGAUGAAGAUGAGGUUGAUAACUAUGAUUUUGAGGUUGAAAGACCUAGGAGGGGUAGGUAUGAGAGAAGAGCUGAAGAUAGGAGGAAUAGGGAUAGGAGGAUAAGAAGAGAGGAAAGAGAGAGGAAUAGGGUAGAUGACAAUGUCAAAAGUAUUAAAAUGAGCAUCCCUUCUUUCCAAGGGAAAAAUGAUCCGGAUGUGUAUCUAGAAUGGGAAAGGAAGGUAGAAGCUGUGUUUGAUUGUCAUCACUAUUCAGAGGAGAAGAAAGUAAAGUUAGCAGCAGUAGAAUUUACUGAUUAUGCUUUGGUAUGGUGGGAUCAAGUGUUGAUUAGUAGAAGGAGAAAUUAUGAGCAAUCAAUUACAACCUGGGGUGAGAUGAAAUCUAUAAUGAGAAGGAGAUUUGUUCCUAGUCAUUACUAUAGAGAGAUACAUCAGAGGUUACAAAGAUUGACUGAAGGUUCUAAAAGUGUUGAAGAUUAUCAAAAAGAAAUGGAAAUUGCUAUGAUUAGAGCAAAUGUAGAGGAGGAUAGAGAAGCCACCAUGGCCAGAUUCUUGAAUGGGCUAAACAAGGAGAUUGCUCAUAUUGUUGAGUUACAUCACUAUGUUGAGUUGGAGGAUAUGGUCCACAUGGCUAUGAAGGUAGAAAGGCAACUUAAAAGCAAGUCAAAAUUUGGAGGAAAUGCAGGUACUUCUUCAUCUUGAAAGUCUAACUGGAAGAAGGAGGAUAGGGAAAAGGCUGUUAGCAACUAUAAGAAAAAUGAGGAAAAGGAAAAGAAUUUGGAGAAGAAAUUUGUAGAAAGUAAAGGAAAGGAGGGAGUUCCUACUAGGACUAGAGAAUUGAAGUGUUUUAAGUGCUUGGGAAAUGGACAUUAUGCCUCACAAUGUCCAAAUAAAAGAGUGAUGGUUGUUAGGGAAAAUGGAGAGUUAGAAAGUGAAGAGGAAAGAGAGGAAGAAUCUCAUAAUGUUGAUGAGCAUGAGGAUGAUUGCUACGAUGAGGGAGAUCAGCCACCUAUGGAUGGCAAUAUCCUUGUCACCAUGCGCACACUUAGUGCACAAGUGAGUAUGGAGUGUGGUGAUGAAAUGCAAAGGGAGAACAUCUUCCAUACUAGGUGCUUGGUGAAUGACAAGUUGUGUAGUGUGAUUGUAGAUGGUGGGAGCUGUUGUAAUGUGGCUAGUUCACUCUUGGUGGACAAGUUGGGUUUGCCUACUACCACACAUCCAAAACCAUAUGGCUUGCAAUGGUUGAAUGAUUGUGGGAAGUUGAGGGUUACAAAACAGGUGGUUGUGCCAUUCACCAUUGGCAAGUAUAAUGAUGAGGUACUUUGUGAUGUUGUACCUAUGGUUGCUACGCAUCUUUUGUUGGGCCGUCCAUGGCAGUAUGAUAGAAUUGAAUAUGAAGAUGUCUUCCCGGAUGAGUUGCCACCAGGAGUGCCACCUAUCAGAGGGAUUGAGCACCAGAUUGACUUAGUACCUGGAGCACAAAUACCGAAUAGACCAGCAUACAGAACAAAUCCUAAAGAAACAAAGGAGUUACAAAGGCAAGUGGAGGAGCUUAUGGAGAAGGGCUAUGUUAGGGAGAGCAUGAGCCCAUGUGCUGUACCUGUGUUGCUAGUGCCUAAGAAGGAUGGGAGUUAUCGCAUGUGUGUUGUUUUUCUUGGUUUUGUUGUAAGUAGUAAAGGUGUACAGGUUGAUGAAGAGAAAAUCAAAGCCAUUAGAGAUUGGCCAAUUCCUAAGAAUGUGUCUGAGGUUAGGAGUUUCCAUGGAUUGGCUAGUUUCUAUAGGCGAUUUGUGCCUAAUUUUAGUACAAUUGCUGCUCCUUUGAAUGAAUUGGUGAAAAAGAAUGUUGCAUUUGAGUGGAAAAAGAAACAUGAACAUGCAUUUUCUGAACUUAAAGAUAGAUUGUGUUCUGCACCCUUGUUGAGUUUGCCAGAUUUUGAUAAGACUUUUGAGAUUGAAUGUGACGCAAGUGGUGUAGGAAUUGGUGCGGUUCUCAUGCAAGAGAAACGACCAAUAGCAUAUUUUAGUGAGAAAUUGCAUGGAGCUGCCUUGAAUUACUCUACUUAUGAUAAGGAGAUGUAUGCAUUAGUUAGGGCCUUGGAAACUUGGCAACAUUAUUUGUGGCCUAAAGAGUUUGUCAUACAUUCAGAUCAUGAAUCAUUGAAGCAUAUUAAGAGUCAAAAUAAGUUGAGUAGAAGGCAUGCUAAGUGGAUUGAAUUUUUGGAGUCAUUUCCAUAUGUGAUUAAAUACAAGCAAGGAAAAGAGAAUGUUGUAGCUGAUGCACUUUCUAGGAGACAUGCACUUUUGUCUACACUUGAUGCUAAAUUGCUUGGUUUUGAGUUCAUGAAAGAAUUGUAUGUUGAUGAUGCAGAUUUUUGUAAUGUAUAUGCUGCUUGUGAGAAAAGUGCAUUUCAGAAAUUUUAUAGGCAUGAUGGAUACUUGUUUAAGGAGAAUAAAUUGUGUGUGCCUAAAUGCUCUAUGCGAGACUUGCUUGUUUUGGAGUCACAUAGUGGUGGUUUGAUGGGACAUUUUGGUGUUGCUAAGACUUUAAACAUAUUGCAAGAACACUUCUUUUGGCCACAUAUGAGGAAAGAUGUUGAUCGAAUGUGUUCUAGGUGUGUUGAAUGUAAGAAAGCAAAGUCUAGAGUAAUGCCAAAUGGUCUUUACACACCCUUGCCUGUUCCUAAGGAACCUUGGACUGAUAUUUCUAUGGAUUUUAUUUUGGGUUUGCCUAGGUCUAGGAGAGGUCAUGAUUCUAUAUUUGUGGUUGUUGAUAGAUUUUCUAAGAUGGCACACUUCAUACCGUGUCACAAAACAGAUGAUGCCACAUACAUAGCCAAUUUGUUCUUUAAGGAGAUAGUCAGGUUACAUGGUAUACCUAGGACUAUAGUAAGUGAUAGAGAUGUUAAGUUCCUAAGUCACUUUUGGAGGGUGUUGUGGGGUAAGUUAGGUACUAAACUGUUGUUCUCAACUACUUGUCAUCCCCAGACUGAUGGACAAACAGAAGUAGUGAAUAGAAGCUUAACUACUUUAUUGCGUGUGAUGGUUAAACAAAAUUUGAAAUCUUGGGAAGAUUGCAUUCCUUUUGUUGAGUUUGCUUAUAACAGAGUAGUGCAUUCUUCUACCGGAUUUUCACCAUUUCAGAUUGUGUAUGGUUUUAAUCCAUUGACACCAUUAGACUUGUUGCCUUUACCUGUUGAUCAUAUUAAUAGUCUUGAUGGUAAAAAGAAAGCAGAUUUGGUUAGGAAAUUGCAUGAGCAAGCUAGGUUACAAAUUGAAAAGAAAAAUGCACAAUAUGCUACUCAUGCUAAUAAAGGCCGAAAGCCUCUUGUGUUUGAACCAGGUGACUUUGUUUGGGUGCAUUUAAGGAAAGAGCGGUUUCCAAACCUAAGAAAGUCGAAAUUACAGCCAAGGUGUGAUGGUCCAUUCAAAGUGCUAGAAAGGAUCAACAACAAUGCAUACAAGAUUGAUUUACCUGGUGAGUAUGGUGUUAGCAAUUCUUUUAACAUUACUGAUCUUUCCCCUUGCAUUGAUGCAGGACCAAAUUCGAGGACGAAUUCUUUCAAAGGAGGAGGGGAUGAUGAAGAAGCACCAGUGCCUAUGCCAUUAUUUAGAGGACCCAUCACCAGAGCCAGAGCUAGAGAGCUGCAAGCAUUGGUGUUGGAGCAUUGUGAGCACAAGGGGGAUCAAAAUUGCCAUGUUGGACUUUCUUGCAUAUUGUGUUCCCUGACGUUAUUCGGGAGUGGUCGGGGUGAACGAGUCAUGACCCCGGUUACUUCACGAGGACGUUCAGUCUAA